AUGUUGGAGGACAAAAAUAUCUCGAGUUACAGCCGCUCGAGCAACUGCUUUGAGAAACCUCAUGCACAGGAGGAUAUUCUCGAGCAGAAGCGUACCGAGCUGGAGGAUAUGUUUACCGUAUCUGCCGACAUGCUGAAAACCAUCACGCAAGACUUUAUCCAGUCGCUGAAAGAUGGUCUCGAGAAGAAGGACCAGACGGUGCCCAUGUUCCCGGCUUUCGUGUUUGGUUGGCCCACAGGGAAAGAGACCGGCCACUACCUUUCACUCGACCUUGGCGGUACGAAUUUGCGUGUGUGUCUGGUCGACCUCAAGGGCGACGGCAAGUUUGACAUUACGCAGUCCAAAUUCCGCCUCACAGACGAGCAGAAGCAUCAAGACGGAAAAGAUUUGUUUGACUUUUGCGCUAAGUGUGUCAAAGACUUUGUGAACAAGCACUUUGGGUCGAGCAGCUCGAUCAAGGACCCGAUUUCGCUCGGGUUCACGUUCAGUUACCCCAUGGUCCAAGAAAAGAUUGACCAUGGUAAGCUGGUACGCUGGACCAAAGGGUUUGACAAUCCCAACACGGAGGGCAAAGACUGUGCCGAAAUGCUGCGUGCGAGUUUGAAGCGCUUCGAUGUGCCUGUGCACCUUACUUCGAUCAUUAACGACACCACCGGUACACUGAUUGCCUCGAACUACGUGAGCAGUGACAGCAAAAUUGCGUGCAUUUUUGGCACGGGCUGCAAUGCCGCGUACAUGGAACAUGUCAGCAAUAUCCCCAAGCUAAAGGGCUUUGACAUUCCUGAGGAUACAGAUAUGGCGAUCAACUGCGAGUACGGUGCGUUUGGCUCCUACGGGUCUCCAGUUCUCGAACCUGUGCGUACCAAGUACGAUGAAUAUAUCGACUCCCAUUCGAAUAAGCCGAGCGAGCAAAUGUACGAAAAGAUGAUUUCCGGCAUGUAUCUUGGCGAGAUUUUCCGGCUCAUUCUCUGCGAUCUUGUGGACGACGGCGUGCUUUUCCUGGGCCAAAACACGUACAAGAUCGAAAAGCCGUUUGUCUUUGACACUGCCUUUUUGUCCUUGAUUGAGUCGGAUCCCACGGAUGAGCUGCUGACCGUUAUGGGUCUCUUUUCUUACUUUUUCAAUCUCGACACUGAGAUCAAGGAGCGCCUUUUCUUCCGCAGGGUUGCCCAGCUUAUCGGUCUUCGCUCUGCGCGCCUCAGCGCCUGUGGUAUUUCGGCCAUUGCACUCAAGAUGGGUUAUGAUAAGGAGGGCUGUCAUGUUGGCUGCGACGGCAGUCUGUACUCCAAGUACCCAGGCUUUGCCGAUCGCUUGCACGAGGCCCUCGUCGAUAUCAUCGGCGAGGGUGGCCGCAAGAUUCACUCGCGCCAGGCCGAAGAUGGAUCCGGCGCUGGGUCUGCUGUGAUCGCUGCCAUGACCAAGGCGCGGAAAGAAGCCGGGCACAUUGCACACCGUUAG